GACUAGCUGAAACUCUAUUCCUAGUAAACAGCGUCUCUGAGCUGCAUGCCCGAAAUUUGAUUGACGCCAAAAGAGCAGUUUUUCUUCAGAUAGGUGCUCAACUUGGACAAAAUGAGUAAAUUCACGGGAGUCGGUAGGGGGCUGUUUAUGCAGCCCAACUCUACUGAUCCUGAAGUCGGGAGAGCUUCAUCACCUACAAACAAGGACCUGUUGUCCCCAGGUCCACCAAAACUUGUCUCGUAUGAAGAAGAUGAUGAUGCUACUGGGGAGGAUAAGGACAGUUCUGAACAUUUUGCUUUGCCUGAGGAAUCUACGGAAGACAGCUGUGCAGGAGAUGGGGUUACAGAGGAAGCAACUAAAGAGCUUCCGCAAAGUUCAGAAUGUGAACCUCCUCCAGACCAGAACUCAAAUAUGAUAGAUGAUGCUGUUGAAUCCAGAGAACCUGAAGUAGCAGACAAACCAGAAGCACAUGUAGUAGACAAACCAGAAGAUGCUCAAGCACCCCCAUUGGAAGACCACACCAGUACCAGUGUGGACAAUGAUAUCUGCGAGAGUGAACCUUCUGCUUCGCCAAAUCAGGACAAAGCUCCAGAAUGUGAUGAGAAUGUCCCUUCUGCUGUAGUGCCUCUCCUGGAAACAAAUGAAUCUAUGAUUGCAGAUGCUGAUGCUACUGAGGAGAAGGCAGAGGGUGACAAUGAAAGUAACAUUGACGGAACAGACGAGUCACCAGAUGAUCCAGCUCCGGUCACAAGUAUUGAAGGAGAGGCAGCUGAGCCAAAGUCUGAUGAAGAUGCAAAAGACAAUGAGAACGAGUCAGCCACAAUUGAAAGUGAAUCUACUGAGACGAAAGCUAGUGCUGAGGUGCCUGAGAAACCAAAAAUCCAGAUUGCAGCAAACUUAAACUCAGGAUCUCCCACGACGAUGAGUCCGACUACCAUUAGCCCAGACAUCCCCCUUCUCCCUUCUCCGAUGAAGGUACCCGGCGCUGGUAUCCUGGGGCCAGCUCCAAAUGCCCCUCUUCUGCCUAGGGGUCCUCCUUCCAUGUUUCCCAAGGCCCUCCCCAUCUCCAUCCCGCCACCCCCAAUGGACUUUCGGCUACCCCCGCCAAAAGUUGUGCCAAAGACAAAAGAGGAGCUGCUGCAGAUGCUGACUGAGCAGGUUGGGAUCAUCCAGCCACCCGAUGAGAAAGGGUCCACGGAUCAGGGGCGAGGAAAGACAGCCUCAUCAGAUGAUCAAAACCCCAAGCAACAACCAAAGAAACAACAGUAUCCUCAGAGACAACAACAGCAGCAGCAGCAACAGCAGCCAGGCCAACAAUGGCAGAACUCUGGUAGAGAUAACAACUGGAGACAGAAGACCGAUCCUAAUAUGAGGAUGCCACAACAAGGCAUGCCAAACGUGCAGAACAGACAACCUAAUACUACAGGAAAGAAACCCAGCCCACAAGGUGGAACAAAGUCAGGCUUUUCUAACCUAACCAAAGAUGAGCUGGAGAAAGAGUACCAGUGGCAAAAGUUCAGUGUGGAGAGGAAAAUAAAAAAGAUUCUGAAAUCGAUGAAGACAAGUUCUGAUGAGGAGGUUAUAAAGGAACUGCUUACCAUCAUUAAAUAUAAUCCGUCCAAACUGGCCAACUUUCCGUGGCCCAAGGAACAGUAUGUUGUCUUGGAGAAGCUAAUAGAACAUGCCAUUUUGAACGUAGACAAUGAGGAAUCACUUCAGAAGAGGGUUGCUACAAUCAUCAAUUCAUUGCAAGAUAUGCAUCCACAAGGAUUCAAGGAAGAUCUGAAGAAUGCCAUACUGCAUGAGCAAGGAGAGUAUAUUCAGGGAAGUAGCAGUGAGUUUAGGAGAAAUCAAGCUAGGUCUGCAGGUCAUUUCUUAGGGGAGCUCUACAACCUCUCCAGGGCGUCAAGCACAGAGUUCAAAGCCUCUGUCCAGUCUGUAGUAGCCCUCACCCUCAAAGAUUGGAUCAAGGCCCCAAAUGUGGCGGCCAUCAGUGAAGAUAGCAAACUUCUUCUGGAGGUAUACGCUCAGUGCUUAGAGGAGUUUUUGGUCCUGAACCUGAGGGAUAAUGAUGAGCAUCUCAAGAAACAGGUCGUAACGUUGCUGAAAGAAGAGAUUCUCAGCACUACAAGACCAAUUGAAGCCAAGACUCUCCUGCUUGAUACACUGUUCAAGCUUGCCUGCCAUAGUUGUACUUCAAGGGUACCAGCUGAAGCUCAGAAGAAUCAACAGGGCCUAGACAAUAGAGAAACCAAGAUAUAUUCUGGUUCAUCAGAGCCCUCUCCUGGUAAAACAAUGUCUUAUAAUCCUCAACAACCAAAGACACAACCUAUAACCCCACAGAAACCAAACAAUCAACACGAUGUUAAACAGUCUCCACAGCAGCAUCAACAAAGGAAACAGCAGCAACAUCCACCAUUGUCAGGGUCAAAGUUCACGUCUCCCCCGCCGUCAGGGUUGUCACAGGUUCAAGGGAGGUUCCAACCUGGGCAACAUCCGAUGAACUUCCCGCAGGGCGGUCCUGUAAACAUGAGUACCCCACCUCCGAACAUGAAUGCUCCACCUCCAACCAUGAGUCAAUCAGGACAUAAUAUACCUCGGUGGCCAGCUGCAUCUCAGGGUCCUCCUCCAAUGCCAAGCUCGAUUCCAGCUGCAUCCACGAGUACGGGAGUGGUUCUUCUGAAUCAAUUGCAGCAGCAGAUACAACAGCAGCAGCAACUAGGGUAUAUGAACCAGAGUAUACCUGCAUCGAUGCAGACACCUCAGGGACCUGUUCCUAUCCCUCAGGCUCAGAUUCCCCAAGGUGGGAGCCAGAGACAUUCACAUGGUCUUGGUGCUUCUAUCCAGAUGCUUCAGCAAGGUGCAUUUCCAGACCCCCAAGGUAUGCCUUCUCAACAAGUUCUAGGGAACAUGGUUCCUCAAGCACCUAGUAUUCCUCCAUCACAAGCCUCCGGUAUGUCCUCUAUGAUGCAAUCUAAUAGCCAAACAAAUCCUCAUAUAAUGUCAGGUGUGCCUGGACAGCAGAUGAUGCAGUCUGGUAAUGUCCAAAUGAUGCAGUACAGCUCAGCCGGAACCACUCCAGGACACCCUGUCCAAAGUUCUUCUCAAUUCCUUCGCAACCUACCAAUGUCUGUAGCACCGCAGAUGAGUACCUCUAUGAACUAUCAGCAGCAGGAAGAUUUUGCCAACCAAAUGGGACAAAUGAUGUUAUCGGGUUCUGAUCCCUGGCAUCAAUCAGGGGUAGGGGUUACCCAGGCUGUAACAGCACCCAUUUUUUCAACAGCUCAAGGCGUGAACCCUUCUGGACACAGGCAAGAGAUGCUGUCUGCUCCACCAGGCAACCCUGAGGUACAGUCAUCCCAAGAAGAUAUGUCAGGUCAGCCGUCUUUCGCCCAAUCUGCAGCGAGUGGAAGAUUUGUCCAGAAUAGAAUACCUGAAGCAGCACCUAAGCAAAGUUUCCAAAACAGCGAUGAUGCAAUGCAUGGUGUUAGCCAGUGGGGUGUGUCUCCUCAAGGUUCUGCCUGGCCUGACAAACUUCCAGACUCCAACCAAUUACCCACCACGUCUCCUCCAUCCUUUACCUCGCAAAAUCAGAACCCUAAUCAGUGGUCUGCUGAUGGUCGCAACGUAAAGUCACCGGAAGCAGUGAGUGACACACCUUCUCAAGAGCCUUCAGCUUCAGGGUGGGGAGAUGCUAACCAAGGACCGCAAGAAUCAUCCCAGCAAAGGUUAGGAACGGAUGGAUGGGGAUCUUCUAAUCCAAGUCCAGGUGUGGGUAACUGGGGUGCAGAACCUCAGCCAACCGAUAGUUGGAACGGCCAUGCAACAUCCUUUCCUGGACAUCAGACAGGUGCAGUGCAACACAGUUCUGCAGAGCAUCCAGACAUGGGUCCUCGAGGGUUCCCGAAUCAACCAAGGAUGCCAAAUCAGGUUUCGGCUCAAGCAAAUGCUUUAAAGGCUCCCCCAAAAGACAAAUAUGUAUUUGAAGAGAGUGCUAGUUCUGUAAGUGGAUACCAGAGGCCAAAUGCGUACACUCUCCCUUCAAAGCACAAAGAAGGUUCUCCUGCAGCAGAGGGCGUGUCGUACAAUGCCAUGUCAGAACUUGGAAGCUACGGUAUCGGUCCUAGCAACAGCUACGACAGCUCCUCAUACGGAGGUGCAUACACGGCCAUCAGGGAUGGAGGAGGCUACGGAGAUUCUUUUCCGCCAGAAGGUCAGAAAGUGGGAAACUUUGUCUUGCUACCUGAGAACACUCCGCCCCAGAACUCUGCCUCCCCUGACCACUUUGAAAUCAGUGCCAUUCGAGAUUGCUUCAUGGAUGAGGAGGAGAUCUCAAGUUACGAAAUGAACGCUUAUCAGAAUCAGAUGAGGUUUCGGCAGCAGCAUGGCCAGCCUAACUGGUCGCAGUUUGAGACGCAGAAGGAGAAGCAUGUCCCCAGUGCCUUACAUGGAAGGUCCCCGAGGGAUAACAGCCAAAGAGGUCAUGGGAGGGGAAGCCUCCUUGUAACCAAUCCCUGUACAGCCAUGCCUCCGUUCCCUCCUGCCCAUCCCCCAGGCAGCAGGCAACCACCUAUCAAGCAGAAAUACCAACCAAGGAACUAACUCUGCAGUUACUCUCCAAAAACAUUUUUAGUUAGUGUUCUUUUGCAGCUGCCUGACUCCUCCUUGCUAUACCAAUAUUCUGUUCCUCUAUUAUUUGUAAGUAUCAUGUGCUCUUCAGAAAAGGUGUUCAAAUAGUGAGGAGAAUGGAGCAUGAUCUGUAACUGUCGUUUCCAUGGAGAAAAUGUGUGCCUUUGUGGAUGACAAUAUGUGACCAUAGGAGCUAAAUGCGUCAUUGUGUAUUGGAUGCUUUAAACUCAGAGAAAAAAAUCAUCAAAAUGUUUACGUUGAGUGAAUGCAGUAAGUAGUUCAUCAUUAGAGAUGAAAUUUAGGUACAUGAUUUUAAGAAUGAUAUAAAACUCUCUGUAUAAUAUUUGGUGGACCAGAAGUUAAAAUUAAUGUCAGCCAAGUCUAACCUGAUGUCGAAAAGGGUAACAAUUGCAUAUUUCUUCAUCAAACUAUGAUUUGCCUUUUUUUCCCCUUCUUUUUGUGUGUGUGUGAUGCACUUGCUAUAGUUUUGUAGGGUGUAGUAGUAGUAGUAAUAGGAGUUGCCUAGCAAAGGAAAUUUGAAUAUGUUAGGCUGUAAAAAAAAAAAUUGCCAAAUAUGUACUCUAUCACAUCAUAUUAAAUACAUGUAGUGAAAAAUGCCAAUGUGAGCUGCAUAGAACUUUCAUAUUCAUAGUCAGCACAUGGUCACAUGCAGUUUGACCUUCCUAACCAAAUUGGAUGUUGAUGUACCCAUGAUGACAUCAUUGAAACAGCUAUAGGGGUUGCCAAUUUAAGCUACUUACACCAUCUGUGGUGUCAAUUCCUAGCCCAAUUGGAUAUUGGUGUACCCUCGGCAUCACAGACAAUAAUAGGAGUUGCCAAUUUGAGCAUUUACAUUCAUCAUCCACAUGAUUAUGAUUUGACCUUCCUCGCUGAACAAGGAGAAAUAAGUGAAGGCCUUAGUUCACUGGGGAAAGUUUUGAUUUAUUUAUCUUGCUAUUUAGGGCUUAUCGUUGAACAAAUAAACUUGGUGCUGACGGAAAUAUGCCUCAUGCUGUUCAGGGAUAUUUGAUUACGCAGGGAUAAUUAGCUGCUGUCAACUAGUGCUAGAGAAAGCUUGAAACUCAAUUCUGUAAGGGUGAUGUUGCAAACCAUUUGGAAAGUUCUUAUUGGUGUAGAAAGUACAAAUCUCAGGUAUUCAAGAUAAUAGAUUUUUGAAAGAAGGCAGUCUCACGAAGAGAUGAGUGACGUGUUGACGCAAGAUGCAGCUAUCCGAAUCAGUGAUACUGAAGGUUGAUAAAGAAUGAUCAAGGAAGUUAACAAUCCAACUUUCAAUUCCUUUCCAAGUUCCAUAAAUUGCUGUACAGGGUUAGAUCUUUGUUUCCUGAAUUCCCAGGCUUUCGGUAAUGGUAAUUAGGUCGCUAUUGUCAUCAAUGCUUCAGUUGCCAGUGCUAAGAACUGUGCUGCUACCAAAGGGAUUAUAGGAAGGAGAAAUGAAUCGGAGAGAGGUGAUAUCCAUUUCAGGUUUGCUUUAAAAGUGGUUUGGAUAUCCAGAGAUUAUGGGUGUGAUGUUUCUCCAAAGAGUGGUCAGAAUGGAAAUAGCUAGAUUAGCUACCUGAUUAGUGGAAAAGAUUCGGUGUAGUCAGCUGGUAAGCCGGGGGAAACUGUAUGAAGGUGUUUGUGUGCCUAGUUGAGGUACAGGAAAAUUGAUGAAAGUUUCCUGUCUGAAGACAGUAUCAGGUCAUUGCUGUAGCCUGAGUGAGAAGUUUUUGAGGUCUUGCAGUUUAUCUUUCGUUUGAUUUGAGUUCUGUUCAUCCACAUUCCAGGGAAAAAUUCUCAUAAUAUAUUACUACAAUGACAGCUGUAAUGCUUUUUCACAUCGACCCAGUGAUCCAUUACAGAAUUCCAAUAACUUGAUCGAUGUAUUUUCAAAGAUUUUCUAAAAUUGAGAAUAUAUCUUCCAUUCCUAACAAAGAGUCCUGAUUACAGAUACAUACAACAUGAACACUUCCUCCAUGGUGACUAUCCUCUGUGUGAUGUUUACCUUUCUCUUCAAACAUGCAUAGAUCCAUUGCAAAUUCCCAGGUUCCUUAGGUAGGAUUGAAUCUAUGGGUUACAAGACAAGAUGUUUUGAGGCGAAAGAUGCCGAGUGGUCUGUCCGCUGUUUUUGAAAGAGAAAACUCCAUGACUGACCUUGAUUUCCUCUCAUUGACAUCCAUGAUAAAUGUGAUGAUCAUUAGCACAAUAUUUCCAUACUAGUAAUUAGAUGGUAUCCCCGGAUGAUGACCCAUAUACCUUGAAUCGCAUACAAGCACUCCGCAAGAAUGAUUGAUACGUUGUUGAUUGCCAUGGCUCGUGCAGCUAACGAGGAGGAUGGCCUUGUAUGCACUAAUGGCUUGGAAUGACGAGAGUUGGUGGGUUAUACCAGGUACUUUAAUUGUACUGUAAUGUCAAAUGGUUAAUGAUCGUUGAAUGUUGUUCACAUAGAGAACUUCAUGGCUGUAGAUGGAGGGUAAAAUGUCUGUGUAGAGGUGAUGAUGCAUAAUUUGAAAAGUGUUCACUUAGAUUUGAGAAUUGUUUGGAGUGCAGCUCAAAUUCUUUGUAAGAUCAAACCCAUUUUGACCUCACCAUCAACAUGUCUUGCUAGGCUAGUAUACUUUCUGUGGCAUUACCUCUGUGAUGAAGCUCUUGCCAUGAUGGUUAAUUCAUAGAAAGGAGGUCAUCUCCUAGUGCACUGGGGUGAUAUUCCUCCUUGUUCGUGAUGCAUGAAGGGUGAUUUUGAUUGCCUUUCAGUCAACAAGGGUGAAGCGUGUCUGCAGAAACUUGUGGCCCAUUUUCAGUGAUGUUCAAGAGGUUUGUUGGGAUGUUAUCGAGAAGGUUGCUUCUGCUACCCCUCUGCUCCUCCCCAACUUCCACCAUACGUCCCAUUUUCAGUGAUGUUCAAGAGGUUUGUUGAGAUGUUAUCAAGAGGGGUGCUUCUGCUCUCCCUCCUCUCCUCCACAACUUCCACCAUACGUCCCAUUUUCAUCGAUGUUCAAGAGUUUUGUAGGGAUAUCAUCAAGAGGGGUACUUCUGCUCUCCCUCCGCUCCUCCACUACUUCCACUAUGUUCAACUAGCACAGCUCUCUUUGCCACCCAAACCCCACUGAUGACCUAGGAUGUGUGAUCUGUAAUUGUAGAGGAUUCUCAGGAUUCUCCUAGUGUUACCUUAUGGUCUCUUGCUCUUCCACCAGAGUAUGUGGAAUGAGUAAUGUAGCCUCUGCAGUAAGUCACCAUGUGCCAUCUUGGGUAUCUUUCGUGAGGGUUUGUGUGCCGAGGAUAUUUGUAGUGCUGUUGCAGUCAUGGUGGAAGCUCCCUACUUUAAUUUAUAAGAUGGCAAUCGGUUUAAAGCUGUCUAUUAGUGGCUGUAAGGAGGAAUUGUACUGACUUACAUGGAGGGAGGGUCUCAUAUGGAAUUAAGCUGUUACUGUAAUCCCUUUCUGAUCAGAAUGAAUAUCCAACAGAUUAGGCUUUUAAAAGCAUGUGGUGUCGUACCAUUGGAUGGUGGAAGCUCGCUACUUGAAUUUAAAAGAUGGCAGUAUUGUGAAGCUACCCAUAAGUGACUGUAAGGCGGAAUCGUACUGACUAACAUGGAGGGUAUAGUAUGGAAUAAAGCUGUUACUGUAAUCCCUCUCUGUGCUGUCAGUGUUGAAGGUCAAACAGAUUUUGUCAGGGCCUCGUACUGUAUUGGGUGUUUGUGGAAGUUCUCUCCUAUGAUUUAUUACAGAACUUGAAGGAGGGGCAAGUGGGCAGUUUGCCCCUCCAGACAGAUUUGUAACCAAGAAAAAGAAAUGCAAACACGCUAGUAGUAAGCAGGUUAGAAAUCAUUGUAAGUCAAUCAACGCACAAACUGCACAUGUAGACAUAUUUUCAAGAAUCACCAUUUCUUCCUCAAAUAAGUCAUUUUGGGUGAUGCCCCCUCCCCCCACCUCCUGCAACACAUUCCAGGGCCAUCUUUACUAAAAGUUUAUGGAGCACAGCAAGUCAAUUAUGCUUUGCCCCUCCUGUGGCCAAAGCCUGGACACAGCACUGAUAAGCUCUCAAGGGUCAGGUCAGGUCAGGUCAGGUCAGGUCAUGGAGUUCCCAUUAGUUCACUUCUACAUACAAUCACUAUAGGAGGAAACUGUUUUGGUGCUCCAUGUUUUUGUCCUAUGAACAAGUGCAUCUGAUCUUCCAGUGAUUGAACAGUGCUAGAGCUCCCUCAUAGUUCAAGAUUAUGUAGGAAUGAUAUUUCCUGCUUCACUUUAUGAAUGGAUAGAUCGUCUUGGGCUCAUGUCAAGAUCUUGAGUGCAUACAUCUUCAGGAAAUCCUUCUACUUCAUAUAAUAAGGCUAUCUUUUAAAGAUGAUUUAGAUUUCUGGGACAUGUCAUGAUGCAAAAAAAAUUUUUUUUUUAAAUAUAAAUCAUCCAAAUUUGCAAUGAAUGUUACAAAGCUCACAGGAACGAUGCGUAAAAAGUAACUAAGGCUGUGUAAUAUGCAAAUUGAUUUGAGAGCAUCCCCAGUGAUACUGAAUUUUUAAAAAAAGACCUUGCACCACACAUGAACAUUUGUGUUAGACUGACAUAACCCCAUAAUCAUUUUGAAUUUUAGUUUCUAAAUAAUCAAUUAAA